AUGGUCAUUGCUUGCACUGUUCGUGUGGCAUUGGCGCAGCAGCCCUUGCUCAAUCCCUCAAUGAAGAAGUUGGCGAUGCUUGUUGCCAUGCAAGACCAGUCAAGUAUUGUCCAUGGAAUUGAGAACAUACCGAACUUGACCGGCAUUUUCCACAUCUGCGGCCGAAAUGUUCCGACACAGCUGCUGGAAUUUCCAGACGCGAAGCCUUGGGUUAAGAAGAACUUCGAGGCCUGCAUGGCUACAUUCUGGGGGUGGGCGCCCAUGUCGUCAUCUCUGUCAAGCAUUGCAAUCCACAACGAAGAAGAGCUUUGCACCUGUGCAGCUAUCGAUUCGAGCGCAUCGGAUGCGGAUUUUGAGAGCCGUUUAGGCAAAGUUUUGGAUUGUAGGUGGCUGAUUCAUGCGGACAAGAUUGCAGCCACAGCCUGCUUUGCCGAAGCCUGUCCGAGCGCAGUCAAAGAUGACUCCCAUUGA